AAGAUCGGUGGAUAAAAUCGAUGUCGCUUAAGUAUCGACCAAUGGCCGAUCAAUCGGUGCACCGCUAGUUUUGUCGCAUUCAAAUGUAUCAUCAAUCAUACUUGAAUUAUUAUUUAACUUUAAAUAAUUAUUUGUUGGUCGAGAAAAAAAAACGUAUGAAAUCAGGCAUAACAAUUUAGCAGAGCUGACUUUAAAAACAAAAACAACAAAGAAAGAAGAGAAAAAGGAAAGGGGGGCCUCAUCCUGAAGGCUACAUCCAGUGACGUAAUCUUUUAUGUUUUUAUAUAUGAUCCCAUGUUUCACACGGCGUCAGCAGGUUAAAUAUCGGUCUAUCUCACUAAUGUAGCCGACAGAUUGCAGUGGACGGCUGGGCCGCUUAGCUGUUCGUCAUCGCCUCUCUCUCUCUCUCUUCUUUUUUUUUUUUUAUCCCAGCGUCUCUCCUGCGUAUGCAUAUAUGCGACGGUCUGAUUUCAUAACGCGGUAAGGAGGAAGAGAGGAAUGGGGCUGUGAGAGGCGGAUGAACAUCAACUCCAUCGGUCGGCUCACCGUGCAGAGCAGCAGCUGCAGCCGCCGUCUCCACCCCGCUGCCGUUCGCCGCCGGUGCCGCGCAGAAGAGAUGCGCUAUAGCGGAGGCUGCUGCUGAUGCUGAUGCUGCUGUUCUUUGCGUCUUGAGCAUCAUCGACGCGACGGCCAAAGGGUGGGCACGGGGGGUUGGGGGGAAAUCGAUCUCCGGAGCCAGGGACACACGGUAGACAGGACAGUAGAGGAUGGAGUUCAAGCAUCUGGUGGAGGCGGCGGAGAAGUGGUGCUCCGGGAACCCGUUCGACUUGAUCUUCGCCGAGGAAAACGACGAGCGGCGGCUGGACUUCUACGCAGAGCCCGGCGUCUCUUUCUAUGUGCUGUGUCCCGGCGGCACCGACACCUUUCAUGUUUGGAGCGAGAGCGAGGACUGCCUUCCGUUUCUGCAGCUGGCCCAGGACUACAUUUCCUCCUGCGGGAAAAAGACUCUGCUGGAGGUGUUGGAGAAGGUCUUCACGUCCUUCAGGCCUCUGCUAGGUCUUCCAGACCUUGACGAUGACAGCUUUGAGCACUACCAUGCAGACAUGGAGGGGGAGCCUGGGUCCGACCACCAACAGAUGGGGGUCAGCCAGCAGUGAUGGCCCGCCGAGAGGAUCCCCGAGCCUGGGCACGAUAGCUCCUGAAGACUUGGGCCUUGAUACCUUAGCUCACUUAACAGCACACACUCUUGCAAACUUAUAGUUGACAUGCUGAACUAUCACUACCUUGUUCUUGAAUGUUUCAGUGGCUUUGCUUUCCAAAGACUGCACUUUGUUGACCUCCCCCACCUUGUCCUUUUUCUAAAAGACACACACAGAAGUUUGCAUUUUCACAAGUUAGGACUUUGUAUUGACUUCCAUUCAUUUUAGUAUAAUGACAUUUAUGCCUAGCCUUACCAAGAACCCUUACCCUGACAAUUACCAGUAUAUUUGCAACCCUAAACCCAACCAAAACUGGAUUCACACCAUACCUCUAAACCUAACUCCUAACUCUUAAAAUGGGGGCCCACCUCACACGUAACUCCCCAAAGACUUUUGGCAACAUUGGUCCCCUUGAGUCCUUUUUGGGUUUAUGGAAACAAAGACUUAUGGGAACUUGAGGGGACAUUGGUCCCCAUGAGUCUUGUUUUGGAGUAAAGGGGACACAUGGAGAUGUUGUUCCUCCUGAGUCUCUUUAAGAGUUAUGGGGAUUUAUUGAGACUGUGGUCCCCCUGAAUCUUGUUUUGGAGUUAUGGGGACACAUGGGGAUGUUGUUCCCCCAGAGUCUCUUUAGGAGUUAUGGGGACCUAUAGAGACUUUGGUCCCCAUUGGUCUCUUUUGGAGUUAUGGGGUUUUAUGUGGACAUUUAUGGGGAGAUUGGCCCACAUAAAUGUUUGUUUUAUGGGGACAUAAGUUUAAUUGUACCAAAAGAUCCUAAUUAGGCUAUACAACCAAGUACAAAUACAAACAUAUAUACACACCACUCUUAUGCUUUGGGAUUAUGUGAGCUGUAGCCAUGUACAAGUUCGAAUCAUUCACAGUCCGGUUAGUUAAAGUUACACAUCACAGCAAUAUUAUAUUAGCUUUGUUAUGCAGAAAAACAUUCAGAUGUUAUGGCAAUACGCACCCCAGCCUCCACACCAACCCCGACUUGUGGAGGCGAAUGUGGGAGAUUGCUAACUUUUUCAGCCAGUCUGACAUAAAUGACGCACAAAUAACCAACAACAGGGGAAAAACUGACAGUUUGUGGCUAUGUGAAAGCAAAGGUCUAGCAGGUGCAGGAAAGAGAAAGGGAAGUGAGGAAAUAACAUGCAGUUAGUCGUGACACAGAUUCACACUAGCAGCAUCUAACAUAAAUGCAGUCAAAUAGGUUAAGGUGAUUCCCUCGAUGCAAUCGCUCCUUUGUGUGGAUUAGAAAACUCUACAGCUUUUCCCAGUAGCAUGGAUAAUUUUGAAGUGUUUGUUAAUGUUUGUAAAGCUGUGCAUCGAAAAUCAGUUACAAGUUGAAGAUCUUUUUGACCACUGUUGCUAUCUUAUGACUGUCACAAUAAUAGCCUGUGCUGCAGCUUUAAUCCUUCCUUAUUUGGGUGUCUUGUUGCCAUGCGACACCCAGCCUCUUGAAUGUUGUAGUCUUCCUGUUGAUCCGAGGUGUGCCUCUCUUCCUGGGCACCAACUGAGGAGAUAACCAUUGUAAAGCUUCCCAAAAUUCCACUGUUUUUCAUGAAAUGUUUUCAAUCUGUUGUCUCAUUUAGGGGUUCUUCAGAAUAGGUUUACAAAGGACACACCCAUAUACCCCUGGACAGCACAGGAGGAAGGGGUAACUAGAUACUGUUGACCACCCGUUUUGUGUGGAACGCUAUCAGGCCAAAAACCUGUGACUUUCAUGUGUCUUCAAUGUUUCUACGUCAUUUACUGGAUUUAAGAGUUUGUGUAAACUAAAGAAAAUCUGGCGUGCCCUACCAUAAUAACAAUAGAUUAAUAGUGUGCAUCACCUGCAAGGUUUUUAAGCUUUCAAGAGUUUCCAACUCAUCCAGCAUGUCAGGUUUGAAUGUGGAGAUGUGAUUAAAGCAAGUUAGUUACAUCUGACAUGCAUGGAGUUAAGGAUUUCAUUAGCAAUGGGGGCCAUGAUGUUGGUGCGUUAUAGUUUCCUACACAAAUAACUAUUAGAUUAUACGUCAAUCAAUUUUAUAGAUUGAUGUAUAAUCUAUAAAAAACAAAAUGACAACAUAUUGUUUUUUGAAAUUCCUUUGAAAAUAAAAGCUUGGGGCUCCUGAAUUUUCCUGGUUUCUUAAGUCUAUCCCAAGUCAAUGAUGUUUCUUGACUGGUUGGUUGAAGGCAAAUGUUGUCGAUGUGUGCUUAAUCCACAGAGAAUGUGCAAACACGUUGUUUCACGCAAACAACACAUAUUUAACGUAUGAGUCACAUGAAAAGUUAUGCGUUUUUGACUCCUCUGGCCUUCCAUAACACAACUUUCAAUUCAAAUCUCAGUCAAUGCGCUGCAAGACUUCCUUUCGCUUUUUACAACUAGGGCAACACAAAGGACUAACGGCUCCUCUGCCAAGUUACUUUGACUCGUAAAUGUUUUAUUAUUACUAUCAUCAUUAUCAUCAUCAUAAUUUGGCUGUUUGAAUGUUUUCCAUGCAGUAUAUCCUCUGUCCUCUGACGUGUGUGACAUUGGUCAAUAAACGGUGUGAACUGAGAG